UUCGUUACACUACGCGACGGCCCGACCACGAUAUUUUACUCUCACGGUCUCACCCCUUCUCUAAAUCCCUUCCCAUAAAUUCUCCGAUCAAUUUUACAUCUCUCUCUCUCUCUCUCUCUCUCUCUCUCUCUCUCCAUCCCUCCUCUGCUUCUCUGUUUUGUUUUAUAGUUUAAUGAUGAUGAUGGAAAAAGUUGGACACCAAGUUUAUUCCUUCCAAUGAUUCUCUUCUAGAUCCCUUAUUCUCUCUCAUCUCCAAUCCCCAAUUCCCAAUUCCCAAUUCCCUCUCAAGAAACAUAGUCUUAGAGAAUCAUGGUUUACUCCGACAAAAUGCAAGAAAUUGCAGCCAAAAUGGGUUUCACACUCUCUGAUUUCGCCGACACUUUGGAACAAGAACGCCGCAAAGUCCUCAUGUUUCAGCGCGAGCUCCCUCUCUGUUUGCAGCUUGUUUCCCAUGCCAUUGAUUGUUGUAGGCAGCAGUUAUCGGGGACGACUACGGAGAAUCGUCAAUCCGAGUGUUCUGAGCAGACUUCCAGUGAUAUUGGUCCGGUUCUUGAAGAAUUUAUUCCCAUCAACAGAAAUGGGGUUUCGGAUUUUGAAAAAACGGAGAAGAUUAACAAAAACGAUGACUCUGAUUUAAAUAAUUUGAAUUUGGCUCCGUCCGAUUGGCUCAGAUCUGCUCAGCUUUGGAAUCAGACUUCAGAUCCUCCUCCCUUGAAUCAGGACCUGCCGGAGAAUACGCCGGUUGUUGAGGUCAAUAGAAAUGGGGGCGCUUUCCGGCCGUUUCAGAAGGAGAAAACCGGUGGCGGCGGUGGCGGGGGAGGGGCCUCGUCGUCUUCACCUCCUGCUCUGGCUGCGGAAACCAGCUCGACGACGGAAACGGGUUCAGGCGGAAGUAGUCGACGGGAAGAGAAGGAAGCGCAGAAUCAGAGGAAACAGAGACGUUGCUGGUCGCCGGAGCUUCACCGACGGUUCCUUCAUGCGCUUCAGCAGCUCGGAGGGUCACAUGUGGCGACGCCGAAGCAAAUAAGAGAAUUGAUGAAGGUUGAUGGUCUUACCAACGAUGAAGUGAAAAGUCAUCUGCAGAAGUAUCGUCUGCACACGAGACGACCUACUCCGACGAUCCACAACAACGAGAGCGGCCACACGCCCCAGUUCCUAGUGGUUGGCGGCAUAUGGGUACCGGCAGCCGAGUACGCCGCUGUGUCCACCACCACUUCAUCUGGAGAAGUUGUCAGUGCCGCUACUACCAACGGAAUUUAUGCACCGGUGGUGGCAGCAGCAGCGCCGCAGCCAUUAGCUAGCACAGUUCAAAAGCCAAAGCCGAAGCCCAAGAUUAUUCCUUCCUCCGCCGCGGUUGCCGCCGUGGAAUGUAAUUCUCCGACUACAUCUUCGUCUACUCAUACGUCGUCAGUUUCACCAGCUUCUUCUUGAGCCUCUAAAUUUAGUUGGAAUUUUUGGUUUUUUGGUAUACUUUUUGAUGUGUGAAUGUUGUAAAAGUUUUGCUACAGAACAUGCAUAGAAAUAACUAAUAAGAACAUGCUGAGAUUAGUUCAUUAAA